AUGCGCGCGAGGUGAUUAGUGCGUAUGGGCAGCCUACCGGACCUGACCGAGCGCUCGCGUCCGGCUGCCGGACGCGCCGCUGCCCGGACGGUGUCCGACCCGCACCGGCACCGAGCGAUCAUUGCCCAGAUCCCAGUGAGCACGAUAUGCAAGAAGGAAUGGCCGUGGAAAAAGCCGAAGACGCCGUCAAGAGCUGCAGUACCUGUCGCGCCGCGCCGGCGGGACUCCGCCACGUCGUCGCUCGGCGCCGCCUCCGUCCGCCGGCUCCUCACCAGACAACCCCCAAAAGUUCCCAAACCUGUCGUCCAGCGAUUCACCCUUCUCUGUCUCUCCAGCGGUCUAUGCGCCACAGCACUCCUCCCGUUCACUGCCUUCGCUGGAGCAGAAGCAGGGGCCAUGCCACUCGCCAUCAUGCAUGCGAUAGCCGCCAUUGUAGCUCCCUUCUCGCCACUGAUUCUCCAAAAAACCGGAGUUCGAAUUGUCAUUGCCGCCUCCCACAUCCUAGUAUGUCUCUUACUGACCGCUCACACUGUUGCAACUCCACUGUCAAUUCUACUACCGCUGUAUGGCAUUUGCGGCAUGACUCUUUCUCCCAUGUCACUGGCGCUGUACGUAUCGGCGACAUCGUUGUCCCAAGCGGCUGGCGAUGAGACCAGGAGGAAGAUCGCGCUCAGAAGAGCGUUAAGGGCGCUGAGGGCCGCUCAAGACUUCGGCCUUGUCGUCGGGUCGCUCAUGCUCGGCGGAGCGCUGAUGAUCUGGCCGGAGGACUUGACGCCGCUCGGCCAGCUGACUCCGGCGCCGACGAACGCGUCUGUAAGAUGGCCUCCUUCAGAAGAGUACUUUUUAGAAGAUGAUUAUGAGGAACGGACAUGCGGCGCCGCUGGUUGCCCCAACACCCAGUCGGUGGCCGGCACGUCGCUCAGCGCCGACGGGCGCCGGUGGCUGGUGGCGGCGUGGGCGGCGCUGGCCUUCGCCGCGAUAAGCGCGGGCGUGUACGGCGCCCCAUCGGCGCCGGCGCCACCGCCCGACUCGCGCUCCACCGUGCGCGACCCGAGGGCCCUGCUAGGGGCGCCUAUGGGUCUCUUCAUUGGACUGCAACAGGGAUUCAUUUAUACUUCUUAUAUUAAGUGGUACGGCGUGUGCGUGGGCGGCUGGUGGUGCGCCUGGCGCGCGCUGGCCGGCGCGGGCGCGUUGCAGGCGCUCGCAGCAGCCACCCUCAGCAUGGCAGCAGCACGGGGGCGGCGGGGCGCGCUGGCGGCCGGCGGCGCGGCGGCGCACGCGUCGCUCCUGUUGGCGCUGCUCCGCUGGCGCGCCGCCCGCACCGACCUGGCGCUGCCCGCCGUGGCCGCUGCUGCCUGGGGCGCUUGCGCCGCGCUCUGGGACGUGCUGCAGGCGGGCGCGUGCGUGGGCGGCGCUGGCUGGCGCGGCGCGUGGGCGUGGCUGCUGGGCGCGCGGCACGCGGGGCUGGCGCUGGGCUGCGGCGCGCGCCAGCUGCUAUGCGUGCGCGCACAGCUCGCCGCGCUGGCCGUCGCGCUGCCUGCCGCGUUGGCUGCACACGCCGCGCUCGAGCUCAGGCAGAGGAGAGGUGAAGCUUUGCGCCACAGGUCCUAGCGAAGGGCCGCGGCGGCCGCGCCCGAUGACGGCGAGGAGCUGCCGUGUCACGUGAUCAGCUAGCGACCACCGUGCCGCAACCAAGACUCUGGCGUUUAGUGUGGUAUAUGCACAAUGAUUUCUACAAAAUUCCCAUUUGCCCCCCUAGGCUCUAUUAAAUGAAUCGUUUUGAACCGGACGUAAGUCGCGUGUUUGCAGAACCGCACACGGAAAAUUCUACUUGAUUUGGAAUAAAAAUUACAAUUACCAACAGUUACGUUACUCUAGCAGCCAAAUCACAACCAAGGCUUUGGCGUCUAGUGUGGUUUAUUAAUUUAUUAUUUAUUAUACUCUAUAAUUACUACCAAAUUCCCAUUUGCCCCUAGGCUCCUUCAAAUUGAACGUUUUGAACCGCGGUACAAUAGCCCCGUAGUAAUAGAUCUUAGCAACAGGUUGCUAAUUGCUACUAUGGAAACUAGCACCACCUACCAGUUACUAUGCAGUCUUGUAAAGCAAAACCUCGACUGACGUCCUGCACACAACGAAACAUUGUCUCAUUUGCCCCUAUUAGUGGCGUUGAUAUACUCUGCAGCACUGCCAUACCACGUGAUAAGAUUUUUUCCCAACGGACCCCUUGUGCUAAAUGCCCUACUAAAGAAUUUAAGUCCCAAUAAAUUAUAAUACACUCGCAAAUAGAACAAACCGAUAAUAGAUUCAGGAUUAUUGUUAUUAACUUACUAUAAAUAGAUAAUUAUUAUCUAAGUCAAUAUAAAUUUACGAGGCUAUAGAAACUAAAGCCUCAAAAUUGUGUACUAACAUAAUCAUUGUUCAUAAUUAAUGUAACGCAAAAACAAAAAUAUUGAAUACUCAUUUAAGGAAAUGUUUUUGUGAAUAUUAAAAUUUCUACGAAUUGUUAACUUUUUCAUACAAACAUAAUAAUGUAUAAUUUAUCUUAAUUAAUUAAGGUUUUUUAUAACAAAGUAAGCUUCUAAGAUUAAAUUGUAGUAAGGGGGCGUCCAUUAAUUACGUGAGCCUUG